AUAGCCACAGCAGAGUGGGAGAUAAGCAAGGCUCAGAGAGAGUCUGGUCCUCUGGGCUCCCUAAACAACCCAGGCGCUGUGGGGCGAGGCUGUUAGCUACCAAGAACAAUGAAACUUCCAGAUAUCACUGCCCAAGUGAAAACUAGGAGUCUGUGGAUUUUCUGAUUCCUCGUCCUUAUCAAGCUUGCUUCAGGAUGUCUGAAGCCUCCAAGGAGGGUGUGGAGACCUGGGGGCUGCUGGUGUCAGGCAAGGCCUGCUUAACAACCAUGGACAAAAAGCUUAAUGUGCUAAACGAGAAGGUUGACAAACUCUUGCAUUUCCAGGAAGAUGUCACGGAGAAAUUGCAGUGUGUGUACCAAGGCAUGGGCCACCUGGAGCAGGGCCUACACCGCCUGGAGGCCUCUCACAUCCUGGGCCCAGGUGGGGCUGACCAUACUCCUCCAGCUGACGCACAGGCUGGGUGGCCAGAGGUCCUGGAGCUGGUGAGGAAUGUGCGGCAGGAUGCUGCCCAGCAUGGUGCCAGGCUUGAAGCCCUAUUCAGGAUGGUCAUGGCCGUGGACAAGGCCAUAGCUUUGGUGGGGGCUGUGUUCCAGAACUCGAAGGUGAUGGAUUUCAUCAUGCAAGGGAGUGUCCCUUGGAGGAAAGGAAGCCUGGCUGAUGGCUCUUCAGAGAACAAAGAUCGAGUGGAAGAGAAAGGAGCAAAACCAAAGCAUGUGCUGAGCACCAGAGCCGUGCAGGCCGAGAUCAGGGGGUCUCCGGAGGAGAGCCAGAAGGAAAACUUGCCAGAGGGGACAGUGGAGACGCUGACUCCCAUCAAUGCUUCAGGGAUAGGAUCUGAUCUUCUCACCCAGGAAGAGGCUUCACUAGGGCAGGCAGAAGUGCCCCCUGGCCACCUGCCGCUGCCCACAGAGGUGGAAGCCAAAGUUCCUAGAGCAUUCAUUGAGAACCCUGGGACUGACCUGGAAUUGUCUGCAGCACCCAACAGGGUCAAGGAGGCCCCAACCAGCCAGGAGACUUUACCCAGUACAGCACGAGGAUCAUCAUUCAGCAGGCCUGACUCUCGGCCCACAGAGGCAGGCAUGAGGCUGACUCCAGGGCUGCCAGUCCAGGCUAAGGCAGCUUACAGUGGUGUAGAAACACCUCCGAGGAUCUCCAUCCAUGUGCAGGAAACAGACACCCCUGGGGAGCUGCUUGUGACACGAGGGGGCAGCCUCAGACACAUACCCCCUGAGGAGGCUCCAGCAGCUGCCUAUCCAGGUGAGCAGGACCCACCUGGGCCCACCCCCCAGACCCCUGUGACCAAGUCAGAAAAACAGAUCCCAAAAGGAGCUGGAAAGAUUUCCCCACUGUGGAAGCAGAGCAGCGAUGAGGGAGCAAAGGCAGAGGAGAAGCAGGGGCCUGGGGCUGAGUCCACCGUGGGACCAAGAGGGGCCAGGAGGAACAUGGGAGACCAUGCUGGAUCCCUGGGCCGGCAGCAGGACAAAGACCCAGGGACAGGACACCCUGAGCCUGGAAAGGACUGCACAUCCAGAGGCAUGGGCAGAGCUGAAGCAGGAAGGAAGACCCCCCUGGGAGCCGAGGCUGGCAGCGUGGUUCUGGAUGACAGUCCAGCCCCACCAGCCCCUUUUGAACACCGCGUGGUGAGUGUCAAGGAGACCGCGACCUCAGCAGUUUACACAGUGUGCCAGCAUGACGUCUUGGGAGGGGGCCGGUUUGGCCAGGUCCACAGGUGCACAGAGAAGUCCACAGGCCUCUCACUGGCAGCUAAGAUCAUCAAAGUGAAGAGUGCCAAGGACCGGGAGGAUGUGAAGAAUGAGGUCUACAUCAUGAACCAGCUCAGCCACGUGAACCUGAUCCAGCUCUAUGAUGCCUUUGAAAGCAAGAACAGCUUCACCCUCGUCAUGGAAUAUGUGGAUGGAGGUGAACUCUUUGACCGGAUCACAGAGGAGAAGUACCAGCUGACUGAACUGGAUGUGAUCUUGUUCACCAAGCAGAUCUGCGAGGGUGUGCAUUACCUCCAUCAGCACUAUAUCCUGCACUUGGACCUCAAGCCAGAGAACAUACUGUGUGUCAAUCAGACAGGACAUCAAAUUAAGAUCAUUGACUUUGGGCUGGCCAGAAGGUACAAGCCUCGGGAGAAGCUUAAGGUGAACUUCGGCACUCCAGAGUUCCUGGCCCCAGAAGUCGUCAACUAUGAAUUUGUGUCCUUCCCUACAGACAUGUGGAGUGUGGGGGUCAUUACCUACAUGCUACUCAGUGGUUUAUCCCCAUUUCUAGGGGAAACAGAUGCAGAGACCAUGAAUUUCAUUGUGAACUGUAGCUGGGAGUUUGACGCUGACACCUUUGAAGGGCUGUCAGAAGAGGCCAAGGACUUUGUUUCCCGCCUGCUGGUCAAAGAGAAGAGUUGCAGAAUGAGUGCCACGCAGUGCCUGAAACAUGAGUGGUUGAAUAAUUUGCCUGCCAAAGCUUCAAAAUCCAAAGUUUGUCUCAAAUCCCAAUUAUUACUGCAGAAAUACAUGGCUCAGAGGAAAUGGAAGAAACAUUUCUACGUGGUGACUGCUGCCAACAGGCUAAGGAAAUUUCCAACUUGUCCCUAAUUCUCAACUCGGCUGCUCCCAUGGGCCCAGAAGUUAUGGACUGGUGGUGAAGUGAUGACUCAAGAUUUUUAAUAAUCCAGUCUUGUAAUGAUACUGAUUUCAUCUUUUUUGUAAAGAAAGGUUAUGGCUGUUGCCUUCCUUGUGGGUGAAAAGUGGCUGUAAGGAAAGUGACCCGACCUUUUUUUUUCUGCCUUGUAAGAUCAUACUAAGUUGAAAUGCUGUGUUUACUUCUCAAGUACACCUACUUUUGGUGAUAAGUAUAGGCAUGCUUUAGGUAGGUAGGAAAGCUUCUACUUUGUAUAUGUCAAAUUUAAAGUCUAAGCUUACUCUGAUUAGAGAACUCAGUAGACUGUUACACAGGGGUAUGUUAUGCAGUGUUAUCUCCUCCAGUACAAAGAAUUCCUAGAAUUUUGAUUUGCUCAAGUGUGAGCUGACAUUUUAUUGUACUACCCUAUUCUUGUGGAAAGCAAUGUAGAUUUAGGGGUAGUGAUCCUCAAAUUUGUUUUAACUUGUGCUCCGUUUUGGGAAACAAACCAUGCAUCCUUUAAUAUUCUUUGAAACUUCAAAAUACACCAUAUCACCUGUCAUGGCUAAAUCAGAACAAUGAUCAUUUUGAAUGUGCUUUUUAAAUCCAUACACAUCUCCACCCUCUCCUAAGUGGUCCUAUUCUGGCACUGGUAGUCUCACUUCUGACCUCCCUUCCUCAGAUUUAUGGUCUAGGAAGUCUGGACACUGAUAUGCAAUAUGUAAAAGAGAUAUAAGUGUGUAAAAUGAUUUUCAGUCUUCUGAGAGAAACACAGAAUGAUACAUCAUGAGACAAUAAACUGCUGUUCUACUGCUUUAUGGAUA